GAAUGCGGACUUCAUAUUUGUAUCUCCAAACCUGCAUAAAUACAUACUAUCGGCCUGCGCGUUUUGGAAUUCCAGUCGCGGCCUCACUUGGCAAUCAUCAUCUUCGUCCACGAUCAAACAUGCUGAGCGAUCGGAUUCUCGUGGAAACCACCAACGACCAAGUGGUCGUGACCCUUCGAGCUUACUCCACUCCCUUCCGAGUCGGUACCCUCAUUACCGCUGGCACCGCCGCUACCUUCGGGGUGCUGUGCAUCUGCCUGACGCCGACGACUCUGUUCAUUCUGGGCGUGUGCGCAGCGUUCAUUGCAAGCACGGCAGUGUUUGUUGGGGUGCAGUGGCUUGUGUAUGGCUUCGAACAAUUCACGGUGGCCGCGUCCACAUUGACGUAUGAAUGGGGUAUCCCUGGAACCGGGCUUGGGAGCGCCACCGCGUUCAACGCCGACAUCAUGGGGCCCAUCCAGAUCCAUGCCGAUGGCGCACUGGGGUUCACAUACCAAGGCCAAGUCGUUCGAGUGGGAAAAGUGUUGCGGGCGCGCGAAAAGUUGGAGUUCUUGGACCUCCUCCUGCUCCACCUUCCAGCCCGCCUCGUGAGUGUCCCUCCCGUAGCCAUGGGCGAUGUGUAUUACCCCGUCGAUGGGAAACUCCCAGCGGCCCCGUCGUCGAGUGUUGUGCCAUCUCAGGCGCAACCGCCGUUGGCGCCAAUCCGCGUGACCGCUACGCCUGCUGAAGCCCAUAUAUAACCACCGCUUUACCAUAUAGUGUGUGCGUCGCCAAAAGGAAGGGCCAGCAGUGUAUUAAUAACAUAACACUUUAUCGCA